AUAUCUAUCGAAACCGCUAUAUAGGCCUCACCGCCCCGGGCGGAAAUAUCUUGCGCGCUCACUCCCUCCCUUGCCCCCACCGACGAACGGAACAAAUCUUAGCGAGGAAAAAGCGAGCGCUUUUUUCUUAUCCUGUUCCGCGGGCGCGCUGCCACGACCGAACCGGGAGGAUACUUGCGAAUUACACGAUCGGUUGUGGCACUAUGAUGGGCGGCGAGUGCAAGGUCCACCAGCUCCAGGCCGCCGGCGACGGGGGCCCAGGCGCCGUCGCGCCGUUCGUGGCGAAGACGUUCCACAUGGUGAGCGACCCGUCGACGAACGCCGUCGUGCGCUGGGGAGGCGCCGGCAACACGUUCCUCGUGCUCGACCCCGCCGCCUUCUCCGACUUCCUCCUCCCCUCCUACUUCAAGCACCGCAACUUCGCCAGCUUCGUCCGGCAGCUCAACACCUACGGAUUCCGCAAGGUGGAUCCGGACAGGUGGGAGUUCGCGCACGAGUCGUUCCUGCGGGGGCAGGCGCAGCUGCUGCCGCGGAUCGUGCGCAAGAAGAAGAAGGGCGGGGCGGCGCCGGGGUGCAGGGAGCUGUGCGAGGAAGGGGAGGAGGUGCGGGGCACCAUCGAGGCGGUGCAGCGGCUGCGGGAGGAGCAGAGGGGCAUGGAGGAGGAGCUCCAGGCCAUGGACCAGAGGCUGCGCGCCGCCGAGAGCCGCCCGGGCCAGAUGAUGGCGUUCCUCGCCAAGCUCGCCGACGAACCGGGCGUCGUGCUGCGCGCCAUGCUCGCCAAGAAGGAGGAGCUGGCCGCGGCCGGCAACAACGGGUCCGAUCCCUGCAAGAGGCGGCGGAUCGGGGCCGACACGGGGCGCGGCGGCGUGGCGACCGGCGGCGACGCGGCCGAGAUGGCGCAGAGCAGAGGCACCGUGCCGUUCCCGUUCUCUGUUCUUGGCCAAGUGUUCUACUAGCCGCAACAGGGCCAGAUAGGUGUACACGUACGCAGUCCCCCGUUGUAUAUAUAACAACAGUGUAACUUCGCCUCGGUUUAGUUGCCUACUGUUAAGUUAGUGUACUUAAGCAUAAUAGGAGAGUUUGGCUAAGUAGCUAUCGUUGGAUUUGUGUGUAUAUAUCGACUAUCGAGGGGCUAAUAACGCCUAUUUUGUUCAAUGUAUCGUGCUUACGACUUCUGAGAGAGAGAUGUUAGGCUUAUGCUCA